AUGGCGUUAGCCAUGAUCCAAGCAAGCGCAAGCCUGGGCGACGCCGACCAGAAGGAGUUCCUCGACGUCCACAACAAGGCCCGAGCCGCCGUGGGCGUUCCGCCGAUUACGUGGAACGCCACGUUGGAGGCGUACGCGAAGGCGUACGCGGCGAAGCGGGCGGCGGACUGCGCGUUGGAGCACUCGCACGGGCCGUACGCGGAGAACAUAUUGCAGGGGCCGGCGGAGUUCCCGGCGGCGCUGGCGACGAAAACGUGGGUGGACGAGAAGGCUUAUUAUGACUAUAAAUCGAAUAGUUGCACGGGAGGGCAAGAGUGCCGGCACUACAAAAGCGUGGUGUGCAAGAACAAUAAGUUCAUCGGGUGUGCUAGGAUCAAAUGCCGUAACGACGGCGGAUGGUUCGCCACCUGCAACUAUUCGCCUGGGUACGGCUGCGAAAACCCUUACUAA